GUCUAAGAAUUUUGUCUAUAUACCUGGUGUUAUAAGACCUUAAUGAGUUCAACAGGACUGAGCCAGGCAUUUGAGCCAAUCUACUUAUUACUUCUACAGAACACCUCUUCUGAGCUUCUCAUCUUUUCCCUCACACAUUGGGAUGUCCAUUCGCAACACCUCUGAAAUGGAAAUCUCUGUUUUCUACUUGGUUGGGAUCCCAGGCAUGGAACAUGCCAACAUUUGGAUCUCUAUCCCCAUAUGUCUCAUGUACACUGUUACCAUCGUUGGGAAUUGUACCAUUCUAUUUUUUAUAAAAACAGAGCCUUCUUUGCAUGAGCCCAUGUACUAUUUUCUCUCCAUGUUGGCUCUCUCUGACCUAGGACUAUCCCUCUCCUCUCUCCCUACCAUGUUAAGGAUUUUUCUGUUCAAUGCUCGAGGAAUUUCCCCUGAUGUCUGUAUUGCUCAAGAGUUUUUCAUUCAUGGAUUCUCAGCUAUGGAGUCAUCUGUACUUCUUAUAAUGUCCUUUGAUCGCUUUAUUGCCACCUGCAACCCCCUGAGAUAUACUUCCAUCCUUACCAGUGCCAGAGUCAUUCAAAUUGGGCUUGCUUUUUCUCUCAAAAAUGUUUUGUUGAUCCUCCCCUUUCCUUUCACUCUAAAACAUCUAAAAUACUGCAAGAAGAACCUACUGUCCCAAUCCUAUUGCCUCCAUCAAGAUGUGAUGAAACUGGCCUGCUCUGACAACAAGGUCAACAUCAUCUAUGGCUUAUUUGUGGCUCUCACAGCCAUCCUAGACUUGACAUUUAUUUUCACGUUCUACAUGUUGAUACUGAAAGCAGUGUUGAACAUAGCAUCACAAAAGGAAAGGCUCAAGGUCCUUGAUACAUGUGUUUCCCACGUCUGUGCUGUGCUCAUCUUCUAUGUGCCCAUUAUCUCCCUAGCUGUCAUCUACCGGUUUGCCAAACACAGUUUCCCAGUCAUUAGGAUCCUCAUAGCUGACGUUUUCCUGCUGGUGCCUCCAUUGAUGAACCCCUUUGUAUACUGUGUGAAGAGCCCACAGAUAAGAAAUCUUGUUUUACAAAAACUGUGCCAGAAGAAAAGCUGAAGGAGAUGAGUAACUGCGUGAAUGCCCAAUGUCAACGUCAAGAAAACAAGCAGAAUAGAUCAAUAAGGAAACAUGCUAUGUUAACCACUUUACAAUAUAAUUUCUCAAUAUGUUUAUUAGGAUUAAAGAAUCAAACUUACAAUUCUGUUGGUUCAGUGUUUAGGCUUGAGGCUCUGAUGUAAUUAAAAUGUAUUCCCGGGUUUCACUGUUAUGCAGCUUGCUUUACCUCUCCUGUGAACACAAUAUAUUCUUGUCAUUUUCAUAAUGAUUAAAAGAAUAUUCUAUAGGUUAAUUUGAAUAUUAAUGGUAUAUACUUACAUGACAACCGGACAGUGAUCUGAGGUGAUCAAAGACUACUUUUUUAUUUAAAAUACUUCUUUUCAACACAUAUUUUCGACAUCUUUGAGUUAUGUGCAUGUACUUAGGAACUAAAACAAGAUAGGCAAUGACACUAUUGCACAUGAAACCAUUCAAACAAGCUAAUGUGCAUACGUGAAAAGUUUACAAAAAUAAAAUAAAUAUUGUCUUUAUUUACUUGUUUAUUUAAUUUAAUAUUUUCUUCCUGAGCAUUCAAAUGUCGUCUUCUAAGGUGACAGAUUCCUGUCUUUGACAUUUCAAUGGGAAUUUUACCUAACAACAAAGACUCUCCUCUACCCAGAUUCCUCUGAAAUCUCUUCUCAACUUGUCCUUGGCCUUCAUAUUCAUCUUCAUAUUGUUCAGUUUUAGCAAGAGUCAUGCUAGAUCAGUUUAACCAAAGCCCCUCCCCCUACAUAUCUGAUUACUCGAGAUGUCCAAUUGAGUUCCUUAUAUUCUACUAUUCCCACUUGAUGUCUGAUAAUCCUGACUUUCUAUUAGAAAGAAUCCUGUUAGGUCAAUUAUAUACUUUGGACAUAUGUCCCCUCCAAAUCUCAUGUUAAAAUUUAACCCCCAAUGUUGUAGAUUUGGCCUAGUGUGGAGGUGUUUGGGUCAUGUGGGUGAAUCCCUCAUGAACGGCAUGAUGGCGUUCUUGCAGAACUGAGUUAUUUCUCACUCUUUGUUCCUAUGAGAUUGGAGGAACUGUUAGAAAAGAGCCUGGCUACUUCUUCCUCUUUCCUUUUAUCUUGUUUCCUUCCUCUUGCUGUGUGAUGCCUUCUCCCUUUUCCCCUUCCACCGUGAGUGGAGGUUUACUGAGGAUCUCAUCAGAACUAGGUAUUGGUGUCAUGUUUCUUGUACAGCCUGCAGAACUGUGAGCCAAAUAAACCUAUUUUGCUA